UAUAAAUGGGCGACAAGAACAUGGAGCAUCAGAAACGCAAGCUUAACGGUUACUGUACGCCGCACUAUUUUCUACUUCACUUUGUUCAAGAUGUUGAAGGUUUGCAUAGUGUUCGCAGUUGUUGCUCUCUUUUUGACUACCCUUUCGGAAUCUAAGAAGCCAGUUGGUUGCUUUAACAAGGACGAGCUCAUGGACCACGCGGAGCACUUCAUAAUGAAGUAUCUACACCUGUCCCAUGGCCACAUGGUCCAGUCACUGGAUGACCCGAAUCCCCGGACUGCACUGAGCUGUUCCAACUUCAUCCUCCAGACAUCGUCAACGGAGUACCACAACCGUUCUGUAUCCCCCUGGCGGCACAGAAUUGACCAUGACGAGGAAAGAUAUCCAAGCAAGAUUGCUGUCGCCGAAUGCCUCUGUGAAGGUUGCAUUAUCAACGGGAAAGAGGACAUGAGCUAUAACUCGGUUCCGGUAAAACGAAGUCAGCUUGUGCUGAAAAGGGUCGAAUGUCCAAUAAAACCACAUUUAUAUUCAUUCGCAGUCAGUACCAUAAAGGUCCCCGUGGCGUGUACCUGUUUACGCCCGAUAAGCUCACAGUAGAAAAUCCAAUUAAGGGUUGUAUUCUAAAACCACCUGUAGUGACAAGUCUCACGUUAUGUUGUGUUUGUUGUAAAAUGCACCAGCGUUAUUGUGAUAACGCGGUUAUAAUUGCUUAUGGUCUUAAGCUACCAAUAAAUAAAUAGAUACACAUGGUUUUACAUGGAUUUAAGAAAAGACAAAACGAAAUUUUGUAAUCCAAUUAGCAGUUUAACAAAUGUUCUCAGUUGUUUAGGUUAUUGUGCUAAUUAUGUCUUUGUGUAUCAAAGUAUUUAUUUAUUUAUUUAUUUAUUGUGAUUCAUUUAUGAUGAGUAUAUAUACAGUGUAGACAUGCUGAGUUUAAAAAUGGUUGUGUGAUUUAUUUUGUAGGUACGCAUUUUUAUUUAUUUUAUUUAUUAUUUAUAGAUUUAUUUAACAUUUGACUAUUUAUUAGUAUGAUUAUGUAAUUGUAUUUAUUGAUUUUCUGAAAAUCUGCAGAAAAAGUGAAUCAAAUUGCAUGUACAAUGUUUUAACAUUUUUGCAAUAUUAAUACAGUUAAAUACAUUUAACUACAUUUAAAAAAUGUGUUAUCAUAUCCAGCUAAUCUCUUAGUUUUCCCUAAGUUUUUUGCUAGUUUGUAUUGUGUGCAAACCAUUCUCUCCAGCAGGUCUCCGCCUGUCUGUACUGUGUUUCAACUUGUUUUGUGUACCCUGACCUCCGCUUAUUGGAUUAUCCUUCUCCUUGAUUGUGCAUCACUUGUUACCGGACUUUGCUUUGUGUAUUGGAUUUGGAUCACAGUCUGUCCCUGUCCUGCCUGCCUCUCUGUGUUUGGAAAUUUGCC